GCGCCCCCUCCGCCCCGCAUGAAUCACAGAACCUCGGAGACUCUGAGCAGGACGGAGCAGACGCCGGAACCGAACCUCCAGCUGCGUGCAACAGGCUGCUGUCAGUCCGUCCGACCCCGGUUCUGUUCGGAAAGUUGUUGAGGUGAAAGUGAAGCUGCCGAGAAAAGAACCAAACAAAGCGGAACCCGGAGAACAUGUCCAAACCCAACUACAGCGGAACCUUCCAUAUGGUGGAGCAGGAGAACAUGGACGCCUAUCUGGAGGCUUUAGAUAUUAACUUUGCUCUGAGGAAGAUCGUCUGUUUGCUGAAACCCACCAAAGACAUCACUCAUGAUCCGGCCACCGGCGCCAUGAAGAUCCGGACGCUCACCACUUUCAAGAACUUCAACAUGGACUUCACCAUCGGACAGGAGUUCACUGAGGACCUGGGACCAGUGGACGGACGCACCUGCCAGACCACAGUGAGCUGGGAAGGAGAUAAACUGAUCUGCGUCCAGCGAGGGGAGAAGGAAGGCCGAGGCUGGACGCAUUGGCUGGACGGAGACAAGCUGCAUCUGGAGAUGAGAGUUCAAGGAAUCGUCGCCAAGCAGGUGUUCAAGAAGGCCAACUGAGCGUCUUAGUGAUUAAUAAUCUUAGAAGUAGCUGGUACAAACCUUUAAUCCUUUUUAUUCUAAUCGACGAUACUUUAAGUCUGCGUUUAACAGCAGAGCAAACAUUCCAACUAACUUCCUCUUAUUGCACUGAGUCAUCAACCCAUCAGACAUCUGCUGGGUCCACGUCUCUCUUUACUCCUGUUUGUUCUCAGCCAUAAAACUUUCCACUGGAACUGAUAUGAACUGAUGAUGGGAUGGAACUUUUCUGAAACGGUUCUGUUCCUGUACGUCUGGAGAGUCUGUUUACAGGCUUCUAACAGACUCCUGAACACCGUCUAACCUGCAAAAACACAUUUUUUAGAACAUUUCUGUGCUUGACCUUAACCAGACAGAGGGUCUUUUUGAAAUAAUCGUUUGUCUGAUGAAGGUCGAGCAUCGAAGCGUUACAAAUAAAUGUAUUUAGCAGGUUGUUCAGAGUUCAGGAGAUUCUGCUCAUUCGUCUCCUCUGCAGCCGUUUCAUGGAACUCGUGCAGAAACCUUCUUCUUUGUCUUAAGUCUCUGCAGCACCGCCGUGCUUCAUUAAAAUGGUACUUUGUUACGUAUAGUUUAUUAAAACCCGGAUGUUUCAUGCUGUGAUUUUGAUAAUAUUUCCAUUAAUAAUUAAGCUUGUUUCUGCUGCUGUUUGUUAAAGUCUCACAUAGUUUGAUAAAUGUUGAAAUGAAGAAGCCAAAA